AUGAAAUUAUUAAUUUUUGUGUCCCUAAUUUUGUACACGACGGCUUCAAUCCAGCCAACUAUUGACAGAAAUCCAAGAAUUGUUGGUGGUAGUGAUGGACAAAUUGAGGAAUUUCCAGGACUGGUAGCUAUUAUUCAUUUAGGAUACAACAUGCAAUGGUGUGCUGGAACUUUAAUUAGUGAACAGUGGAUUCUUUCAGCUGCACAUUGCUACAUUCAUCCAAGUAAUUUCACAAUUGAGUAUUCAACAUCAUAUCUACAAGAAACCAGACCAGGAGCUAAGCAUGCAGCACCAGAACUUUUUAUGCAGCAUGAAAAUUAUAACGAAAACCAACUUACUUUUGAUGUUGGAUUAAUUAAGCUACUAGAACCAUUAAAUACUGGAAUUCACUCUCCAUUCUCAAGGCUUGCAAUGCCUGGAAGUUACUAUCAAACUGGUACUUUAGCAACUGUUGCAGGUUGGGGAGUUUGGGACUUACUAAAUUACACUAUGCCUCAUUUGCAAAAAGCUGAAUUAGAGAUUUGGCAUUAUAGAGAUUGCCAAGAAGCACAUAAAUAUAAUCCGUAUGAAUUGAAGGUUCAUUCCCAUCAAAUUUGUGCUGGUCUUCCUGAUUGGUCUAAGGCUGAAUGUAAUGGUGACUCUGGUGGACCACUUUACGUUCAUGGAGUCCAAGUUGGAAUCGUGUCAUGGUCAGUCAAGCCUUGUACAGUUGCUGAAUUCCCUGGUGUCUACACAGAUGUGAGUUUCUUCAUUCCAUGGAUUCAAGAAAAGACCGGGCUUGAGUUUCAGUUGCAGAACUUCUUGAUAUGGAAGAAAAAUUAA